AUGAGUAAGGAAAAAAUCAUUACGACGGAGAAGGCAUGCAACGAGAACUACGAUAACGACAUGAGACUAAACGUCCAGCUGAACGUCUGGACGCUGAAGACAAUCGGCACUUGGCCAAGAACCGUCGAUCGUUCUUUGUUCGAGACCGUCGAACGCCUGUUACUCAACGUUCUUUGUCAGGGUUUGCUCGCGUUCAUUCUGAUUCCGUGCAGUAUGUACAUCGUCCUGGAGAUCAAGGACUUUUACAAUCAGUUGAAACUCGGCAGCGCUCUCAGUUUUUUCAUGAUGGCGGUGAUGAAGUAUUGCGUUCUGUUUGUUCGCGAAGACGACAUACGUCGCUGCGUGAAAUACAUCGAAGCAGACUGGAAGAAUGUUAAAUACCGGAGUGAUCGUGAGAUCAUGCUGAAGAACGCGAAGUUUGGACGACGACUAAUUAUGAUAUGCGGAGCGUUUAUGUACGGCGGCGUUAUCUUUUAUUAUAUAGCUCUACCGCUCACACGUGCGAAGAUCGUCGAAGAGGGCGGGAAUCUUACCUAUAGAAGACUGGUCUACCCUUUUCCCAAGAUACUUCUCGACGCACGACGCAGUCCCAUUAACGAAAUUUUCUACGCGAUUCAAUUGUGCUCUGGCUUCGUUGCCCACAACGUUACAGUCGCCGCUUGCGGUUUGGCCGCGCUUCUCGCGAUGCACGCUUGCGGACAGCUGCAGAUUCUGAUGAAUUGGAUGGAUAGGUUGGUGGAUGGGAACGAAAAUGACACUGAGACUUUAGACCAGAGGUUGGCGAACAUAGUGGAGCAGCACGUUCGAACGAUCAAAUUUAUAGAUCUCACAGAGAAUUUGCUGCAUGAAAUUUCCUUAGUGGAAGUCGUGGGCUGUACCUUGAACAUAUGUUUUCUUGGGUAUUACUCGAUGAUGGAAUGGGACCCUAAACAACCAGUCAGUGGUAUGACAUAUGUAAUCCUACUUAUAUCCGUUACAUUCAACAUUUUUAUAUUCUGCUAUAUCGGUGAACUCCUAGCGGAACAGACCGUGAAAGUUGGCGAAAAGUCGUAUAUGAUCGAUUGGUAUCGAAUGCCUGGAAAGAAAAGUUUAGCUGUACCUUUGAUGAUGUCCAUGUCCAACACAACCACCAAGAUCACAGCGGGAAAUCUAAUCGAGCUUUCGAUUAGUAGUUUCGGUGACGUUAUCAAGACAUCAGUCGCAUAUCUUAACAUGCUACGAACAUUUACAACAUGA